AUGGGAAAGAUAAACUCGAGAUUUUCUCGAGUUCUUUAUAUAUGGGGGAAAGGAGAAGAAAUCCACCGCGAUGACACACACAGCACCAAAUCGCCUGUAAAUAAUAACGUGAAAAAAAAAGCGAUGAUUUUUUUUUCUUCCCUGAGCUCUAUUUCUUUUUCCCACACGGAUAUUCCGCUUGCAAAAGAAAAGACGUGGCUCGGGACCUUUGCCGUUUCGGAAAUAGACUUUGGCGUUCCACGCCCAGAAGCGGCCAAUCAGGCCAAUCAGGACCCCCAGAUAAGGCCGCACGGCCUGCGGCGAGGGCGUUUUCCUCGGCACUUGAAGAGGCCGAGCACCAGGCCCAGGCCCUUAGCGCGCCCGAUCGGGAAACUGUGUUGCUUGUUCGGGACAGAUCCAUCGGAAAGUAGGCAGGUCCAGAUCCGCGUGCCAUUCCGCAAAGCGCCAAAACGGGCGCGGGUAAUGGACACGCGCAACCACGCGUUUUUCCGGGCCGGUGAGGGGCACCGCACAAGCACGAAGGCGCGUACUGCCCCGGGCUGGGGCGAUAUAAUCUUUGUUCCCGGGUCCCACACUUUCUAA